AUGCUGUUGGUCUGGCUACACCGUUGCUCAUUCAUGGUGGAGGAUAGGGGAAGCAUGCAGCAGACCGUGGGGGACGUGCCUAAUCUGACGCUCAUAAGCCUCUUUGGGACGAGCAACGGUUUUAAGUGGUGUGGCCGAACUUUACGCUCGUUCGUGAGAGGGAGCGAGAGAGAGAGAGAGAGAGAGAGAGAGAGAGAGAGAGAGAGAGAGAGAGAGAGAGAGAGAGAGAGAGAGAGAGAGAGAGAGAGAGGCACCUUACCUCCGCCCUCUCCCUUAGCCCUCUACCCUCUCUGUUCCUUAGUAUAA